AUGCCCAAGUUUGAGCCCAAUGCCAUCCUGCGGGGUGCGCAGCUGACUCUCGUUGGCGCUCACAGGGCGCUGCAGAACCCGGAGCUCUUCAAGUCGGAGCAUUACAAGCAGGCGGCGCUUGCUGUCUGCAGCGGGAUAGCCAUCCAUCUUGUCGUUGCGAUCCCGAUCGUCGCCGUGAAGCUGGUACUAUGGAUUCUCUCGUGGGCUAUUGACCUUGAGAGCGCCGGAUGGCAUGAUAGUGUCGUCGGGACGCUGGACUUUGUGUCCAACUACGUCCUCCAGGUGCCGUUUUUCCUCAUGACCCUGAUGCGGUAUAUCACGCCAACCCUGGACAAUAUGUUCAUGGAGUCUCUGCAUUGGGUUGACAAGACCUAUACGCAGAAGCACAAGGAGGACGACCCAACGACGCUGCGGCCCAUGUAUUAUGAUAACCUGCGGAUGUACUCCAAGGGCGGUAAUAUACAUGGGAAAAAGUCAGGUCUUGCACCUCUAAGGGCCUUUGCCAUCCGCUAUGGGAGAAGAACGAGCAUGGCGUUGGCAGUCUACAUCCUCUCGCAUCUGCCCCUGGUUGGCCGCUUCGUCCUUCCGUGUGCCAGUUUCUAUACCUUCAACAAGGCCGUUGGUCUAGGCCCAGCCGCUGUAGUCUUUGGAUCCGGCCUGGUGCUCCCUAAGAAGUAUCUGAUUGUCUUUUUGCAGAGUUAUUUUGCCUCUCGCAGCUUGAUGCGAGAACUGCUUGAACCGUAUUUUAGUCGGGUGAAGUUCACUGCCGAGCAGAAACGACGCUGGUUCCUUGACAGAGAUGGAGUGUUGUUUGGCUUUGCCGUUGGAUUCUACCUCAUGAUUCGCAUCCCCGUACUGGGAGUCUUGCUCUACGGCAUCGCUGAGGCGUCGACGGCAUACUUGAUCACCAAGAUCACCGAUCCGCCUCCACCACCAGCCUACUCCGAAGGCUUUGCCGAAGGCCAAGUAACGUGGACCAACAAGCAUCUCUUUCUUAAGCUUCCGCUGGACUCGCUUGAUUUUCCCGUCGUUAAGGCCCGCGAAGGGAAGAAAACACCCUGA